AUGACCGUCACCACCGACCCCACCUGUCUCCACGGCUUCCGCGUCGUGAUCAACCACGAGCUGUUGCUGCAUUCGCGAGCCCAAGUGAUCAUAACGAUCCCGGUGACCAUCGACAAGCUCUCGUCCACCGCCGACUUCGACGUCCUCUAUUUCGCCCACAAGGCCCUCGGCCUCCCCUGUGGCCUCGAGCUGUACCACCCCGAGCUGUACUCGACCGUCGGCAUGCGCAAGAGGGAGCGCGAGGUCGGAAUUGUCUGGAACGUCCACUUCGCCAUCGCCAACGUCGUCGAGCAGGACUCAGACCGCUACGGCACCGUGCUGCCUUACUGGGACCGCAGGACCGUCCUCGACACGCUCCGUGCGCAGAAGCUCGACGACGACUGCUUCGUGCAGCUGCCUUGGCUUAAGUCCAGGCAGCCCUGGAACAGCUCGACCUGGAUCCUCAGGAGCAUCGUCCACCGCAUGGAAAAGGCGAUCAACAAGCCGGAGAUGGAAAUGGUCUCCGCCAAGUUUGAGGAGGAUCUCGUGUCUGCCACGGCGGCCUGGCGCGACCGCCUCAAGAGCUGCUGA